AGUCCCCCUCAGUUUCAUCCGAGCCUCCGACUGUCAACGCUUCUUCUGCCGCAGGCUUCAGUGUACCGGACGGGGAAGUCACAUCAAAGAUGCAGAGGUGCUUUGGGAUUUUCUGCGUGUCGCUCAUUUUCUGUGCAACUCUCUCUGAGACCAUCGGGUUGGUCAUUGCGGCGAAGGAGAAACGGGGCUGGACACUGAACAGUGCUGGCUACCUGCUAGGUCCCCAUGGAAUAGAUGGACACAGGACUCUGGGAGACAAGUCGGGUCUGGCUGGCAAGAGGGACAUGGGCCAGGAGGAGGACUUCAGAACAGGUUCCCUGAGACUAGCAGAUGGAGAUAUCAUCCACACUAUCAUUGACUUUCUGUCGUACCUGAAGCUGAAAGAGAUGGGAGCCUUGGACAGCCUGCCUUCCUCUGUGACAUCAGACGAACUGGCCAAUCGCUGACGUGUCCUCUUCACUUCAUCUCCAUCUAAGUCGAUGUUUUGUUGUCUGAAGCCCCACCGCCCUAAAUGUCCCCUUACUGUAGCUCCAUUCACACUCUGAUGCCGGAUGUAUUCUGAUUAUUUUACUCUUUGAGACCGAUUGCUCCCCUCCCCUCAUACAAAAUCUGCUCUUGUGUAAAUUGUUUGGGGUACCUCUGUUUAAGAACCAUUACUGUGUUACCAUCUUAAUAUACUA